CUAAUAUGUCCACCAUUAAUUCCUUUCUCUGAUGAUACAACUCCAUUAACAUUAGAAGAACUUAAAUAAGAAAUUGUGAAAGGAGUUUGGAUUAGUAUAGCAAAAGAAGUUAGACUGAUUUUGUGAAAUAAUUCAAUGAUAAUUUACCAGAAGGUAUGAAUCCAUUUCAGUUAAACUAAAAAGCAAAUCUAACUUAAAAGGAUUUUGCACCUUUUAGAUUAACAAAGGAUAGCUAAAUCAAAGAAAAUGAUUUAUUAUAUUAAAGAGAAAAUCGUUUAUUUUUAGGUGCAAGACCAGUUGAUGGAAGAAGACCAUUUCCAACUGAAAGGAGAACUUACAGUUUAAGUGAUGAUCUUAUAGAUCCAGAAAGAACUGGAUCAAAUCCUAUUAUCAUAUUUAUGAGCAUUCUUAUAUUCAGUAUUUGGAUUUGA